AUGUCUGGUCAGAGUUCGGCGACGAAAAGUGAACCAACGCCUCGGAAUCGAUCCAAAACCCCAAAUGCCUCUCCCCAGAAAUUCUCCAAAGUCGAACAUGAACCCGAGUUCGAGUUCGGCGGCGCCCUCGGCGUAAGCGCCCUCAUGGUCGGAUUCCCCCUGCUCAUGUACUACAUGUAUAUCGGGACGACGUUCUACGACGGCAAAGCCCCUCUGCCCGAGGAGGGCGAAAGCAUCUCGGAUUUCCUGACCCGGAUGUUCGAUAUCGCGUACACGCACGCCUUCCCGCACCGCAAAGCAUGGAUCAUCUACUGGACAUUCCUCAUCCUCGAAGGCAUCGGAUACGUCUGUCUCCCUGGCGUCUACGGGAAGGGUAAACGUCUCCCGCACCUCGACGGCAAACAGCUGGAUUAUUACUGCUCCGCUGUGUCGUCGUGGUACGUCACGAUCAUCGCCUCGCUGGGACUGCACUUCACCGGCCUCUUCCGUCUGGAUACCCUGAUUGAUGAGUUCGGGCCAAUCAUGUCGGUGGCUAUUCUCUCGGGCUUCGGGGUCUCGGUCGUGGCGUAUAUCUCUGCGCUGGCUAGGGGCGCGGACCAUCGGAUGACGGGCUCGCAUGUGUAUGACUUCUUUAUGGGCGCGGAGCUGAACCCUAGGUUGUUCCGCUGGCUCGAUAUGAAGAUGUUCUUCGAGGUUCGCAUUCCCUGGUAUAUUCUCUUCUUGCUGUCGUUGGGGACAGCGCUGAAGCAGUGGGAAGAACUGGGGUAUGUGUCUGGGGAGGUAGGGUUUUUGUUGAUGGCACAUUUCCUGUAUGCGAAUGCGUGCGCGAAGGGUGAGGAGUUGAUUAUCACGAGCUGGGACAUGUUCUAUGAAAAAUGGGGCUUCAUGCUUAUUUUCUGGAACUUGGCUGGCGUUCCCAUGAGCUACUGCCAUUGUACGCUGUAUCUGGCGUCUCAUCACCCGUCGACUUAUCACUGGUCGCCGGUUGCGCUGGGUGCUUUGGUUGUGACAUACCUCUUCCUGUACUGGGUCUGGGACACGUGCAACAGCCAGAAGAACUAUUUCCGAGCCCAAGAGCGAGGCGUCUCGGUAGACCGGAAGACGUUCCCGCAGCUGCCGUGGAAGUUCGUCAAGGAUCCGGAAGUCAUUCGAACCGAGACGGGCGAUUCAAUUCUUUGCAGUGGAUGGUAUGGGUUGGCCCGUAAGGUGCACUACUCCUGUGACUGGUUCUUUGCGAUGUCGUGGGGCCUGAUCGCCGGGUUAAAUUCGCCUUUUCCCUGGUUCUAUCCGGUUUUCUUCACGGUGAUGAUCAUUCAUCGCGCGACGCGUGAUAUUCAGAGAUGUCGUGCGAGGUACGGCGAGGCGUGGUUGGAGUAUGAGCGCCGCGUGCCGUAUCUGUUUAUUCCGUAUGUCAUUUGA